GUUCUCUGGUUGUCAGGAAAGCUGGUCAUGCGGAACGUCACUGACUUCCUGCACACCUGUAAGAGAUCUGCAGCUCAAUGAAACCAUUUCCUUGUUGUCACUUGCAUGGUUUCAAUGUCAGCACAGACAAAUUUAGGGCCAAGUGUUGCACAGGAAAUGUCCACAGACAAUUUCAUGGAGGUGUUACUGUAGAAGUGCAGAGUUAUGACUAGAUCAUUUUUGUUGUCGUGAUAGAAAUAGAUUUAUUAAGACUACACUCAAGAUAUAAAAAGAUAUUAUCAGAUCUAGAUCUAGAUCUCCAGUGAAUAGUUUCUUUGUUUCUACCUUCACGAGACUUUGAUUGUCAGCUUCAAAGAAUAAAAAUGGAAAUGGUCAAAAUAUUUAGAACAAUAGCUUUGGCGAUGCAAGUCUGUACAGUAAAGUUUGAACACUUUCUAGUGGACUGCAGAGAAUGUUUAGAUCUAACUGGACUCUUUAUAGCCAGCAUUUUCAAAAUACAUGAAUGCUUUUUAAAUUCAUUUCUCACGAAAACGUCAGAACUAUCAGAUCUUCAACAUUCUGAGGAGAAAGUUGAGGCGUCGGCUCCUCCAAAAAUUGGUGCAUUGAAUGUAAAAAAUAAUGAGCCAUCGAAAAAAUCUUUUGAAAAUAUGAAACAAUCGUGUCAUUCUGAAAAUAAAAAGCCAUCGGGUCAUUCUGAAAAGAUGAAGAUAUCGGGUCAUUCUGAAAAUAUAAAGCCAUCGGGUCAUUCUGAAAAGAUGAAGAUAUCGGGUCAUUCUGAAAAUGUAAAGCCAUCGGGUCAUUCUGAAAAGAUGAAGAUAUCGGGUCAUUCUGAAAAUAAAAAGCCAUCGGGUCAUUCUGAAAAGAUGAAGAUAUCGGGUCAUUCUGAAAAUAUAAAGCCAUCGGGUCAUUCUGAAAAGAUGAAGAUAUCGGGUCAUUCUGAAAAUAUAAAGCCAUCGGGUCAUUCUGAAAAGAUGAAGAUAUCGGGUCAUUCUGAAAAUGUAAAGCCAUCGGGUCAUUCUGAAAAGAUGAAGAUAUCGGGUCAUUCUGAAAAUGUAAAGCCAUCGGGUCAUUCUGAAAAGAUGAAGAUAUCGGGUCAUUCUGAAAAUAAAAAGCCAUCGGGUCAUUCUGAUAAUAUGAAGCCAUUGGGUCAUUCUGAAAAUAAAAAGCCAUCGGGUCAUUCUGAAAAGAUGAAGAUAUCGGGUCAUUCUGAAAAUGUAAAGCCAUCGGGUCAUUCUGAAAAGAUGAAGAUAUCGGGUCAUUCUGAAAAUGUAAAGCCAUCGGGUCAUUCUGAAAAGAUGAAGAUAUCGGGUCAUUCUGAAAAUAAAAAGCCAUCGGGUCAUUCUGAAAAGAUGAAGAUAUCGGGUCAUUCUGAAAAUAUAAAGCCAUCGGGUCAUUCUGAAAAGAUGAAGAUAUCGGGUCAUUCUGAAAAUGUAAAGCCAUCGGGUCAUUCUGAAAAGAUGAAGAUAUCGGGUCAUUCUGAAAAUAUAAAGCCAUCGGGUCAUUCUGAAAAGAUGAAGAUAUCGGGUCAUUCUGAAAAUAAAAAGCCAUCGGGUCAUUCUGAUAAUAUGAAGCCAUUGGGUCAUUCUGAAAAUAAAAAGCCAUCGGGUCAUUCUGAAAAGAUGAAGAUAUCGGGUCAUUCUGAAAAUGUAAAGCCAUCGGGUCAUUCUGAAAAGAUGAAGAUAUCGGGUCAUUCUGAAAAUGUAAAGCCAUCGGGUCAUUCUGAAAAGAUGAAGAUAUCGGGUCAUUCUGAAAAUAAAAAGCCAUCGGGUCAUUCUGAAAAGAUGAAGAUAUCGGGUCAUUCUGAAAAUAUAAAGCCAUCGGGUCAUUCUGAAAAGAUGAAGAUAUCGGGUCAUUCUGAAAAUGUAAAGCCAUCGGGUCAUUCUGAAAAGAUGAAGAUAUCGGGUCAUUCUGAAAAUAUAAAGCCAUCGGGUCAUUCUGAAAAGAUGAAGAUAUCGGGUCAUUCUGAAAAUAAAAAGCCAUCGGGUCAUUCUGAUAAUAUGAAGCCAUUGGGUCAUUCUGAAAAUAAAAAGCCAUCGGGUCAUUCUGAUAAUAUGAAGCCAUUGGGUCAUUCUGAUAAUAUGAAGCCACCGGGUCAUUCUGAUAAUAUGAAGCCACCGGGUCAUUCUGAUAAUAUGAAGCCAUCGGGUCAUUCUGAUAAUAUGAAGCCAGUGGGUCAUUCUGAUAAUAUGAAGCCAGUGGGUCAUUCUGAUAAUAUGAAGCCUACGGGUCAAAAUAUAAAGAUAUCGGGUUAUUCUAAAAACAUAAAGGUAUCGGGUCAUUCUGAAAGCAAGAAGCCUUCAGGUCAUUCUGAAAAUAUGAAGUCAUUGGGUCAUUCUGAAAAGAUGAAGAUACCAGGUCUUUCUGAAAACAUGAAGAUAUCUGGUCAUUCUGAAAUUUUGAAACCACUGGGUCAUCCAAAUGAAUCGAGGAUUUAUUCUUCUCCUGGUCAGACAAAACAAUCCUUAGUCCCUCCACAUCAACUUUCAAGAUCAUUAAGCCAAGAUUCCUUAACUGGACACUUUGUAUCAGGAAACUACAUGACCAGGUCAUCCAAUGGCCGGAAAAAGAAAUUUGAUAAAUGGGAACCACCUCAUAAGAAAUUAGAUCUACACAAAAAGACAGUCACUGAAGCAGUAGAGAGCUUCUAUCGAUUUACAAACCGACAGUUGCAGUAUUAUAAAGAGAACGGAUAUCGGGAUGAAGACAAGUAUAUCUUCGUUAUAACUGGUCACUGUAAAAACAGACCAGACCGAGUGGCCAGAAUCAAACCACAGAUAGAGCGCAUACUCCACGAAGAGCAGUUGAGCCAUUUUUGGUUUAACAAUGGCGGCGAAGUGAUGAUUGAGUUCGACUGUUUUGAACUAUCAGGUCCAAUGACCAAUGACCAGUUAAUGGACACUGAGUCCAUGGCUUGCAACUGCGAGGAUGAGCGUGGAUAUUUGAGCUGUUGAGGUUCUAGAGAAGAUGGCGGGCAAGUCAAGGUUCUAACGAUGGCGGACUUUUUAUGGUUUCUCUGAUGACUGGGUUCUCUAGGCUACAGUGAUGAUAUAGAUGUCAGAGCUACAGUGACGAUAUAGAUGUCAGGGCUACAAUGACGAUAUAGAUGUCAGGGCUAAAGUGACGAUAUAGAUGUCAGGGCUACAGUGACGAUAUAGAUGUCAGGGCUACAGUGACGAUAAAGAUGUCAGAUGAAGGUGAAGUGUUCAUAAAGUGUAUAGACUGGAUUUUUAUUUACCCUGAAACAAGCUCGUCCCUGAAACUGAAACUUGUAGGUUGUGUCUUACCGGAAUGAAAGUUGAAAUUUAUUCGUCGAGAAGCCAAUAUGUAAAUAAACUUCCUAUUUACACUUCUCUUGAGACUUUGACCCGUAUUCCACGUGACACGGAGUUACAACAAGCACACUGAUAACAAUAAAGAAAAGGAGAAAGGAAACAGACUCACGAUGAGAUUUAGCUUGUUAAACAGGUGAUGUUGAGAGCAUAUAAACACAACGAUUUUAUGAGAAUGUUGUGUGGCCAACACAGUGACCAACUCCCUUAACACUCCCAGCAACUGUUAUUGAAAAUAGGUUGAUGUUAGAAAUGCAGCAUUGGGAAAUUUAGUGGCACUUGAUUGUGUUCACACUAAUAGCUUUCUUCUUGAUCUCUGUGUUGGAGGACGCUGGAAUGAGACUUUGGGGUUUCUGGGUUUGUUUUUGUUUGGUCUUUGGGUUUUGUUUUCCUCCGUGUUAGGGUAAAAAAGAUUUAAAAAAAAAUUAAUGUAUGCUAAUUAAAACAGUUUAGACAUUCGCGAUGAUUGGAUUGUGCAGUAUGAUUGAAUCGUGAAACCGAAGGGGUGCUAAUUGGUUGUUACAAUCUUUGUAUAUCUUAUCAGCAUUAGUUUUACAUCACCAUUACCAAUAUGAAGUAUUCAUGUCAACAAAGUCUGAUUACUACCACCAUUGCCAUCCGUAAAUGAAUUGCGAAUAUCCUUUGUAUUAGUUAUUUCAUUUUUAAAUCAAAGAAUUAUUAAGUCAUUUAAUUGAUAUGCAUUUGUCACAUGUUACUUCAUAGAGCAGCGGUUCUCAACCUUUUAAGCUCGGCGACCCCUUUUUACAAUUCCUCACUCUGCCGCGACCCCCCCCCCCUAGACACACACAUACAGCAAUAGAAGAGUAGGCAAUAACAAUCCAUGGUUUCGUUAGUCUUAGGCGAUUCCUGGCAAAUGGUCAAUCGACCCCCAAGCGGGUCGCGACCCACAGGUUGAGAACCACUGUCAUAGAGUGUCUUGGGCCCUGGCAAACGGGCCAAGGUUUAAAAAAAACCAACCCUGAGCGUAGGCUUACCAUUAUAUGACCAAAAAAUGUGAUAUUUUCACUGAGAGCUCAGCCCACGCCCUCUGUUCAAAAACUGCGGCUCUAUCACUGGCCCACCACAUUUUAUUUAAUGUUCAAUAUUCAAACAUCCAAAAACCAUAGACUUUAUUGUUUUUGUUUUGAAACACAGACUAAACAACAACGACUGAUUUUGAUUUAUACAGACUGUUAAAGCAAUGUAUAAAUAUAUAUAGUAAAUAUAAAUAAAUAUAUAUAUAAUAAAUAUAAAUAAAUAUUUAUAAUAAAUCGUCUUAACUCCACGUUUUGUGAUACAGUUUUUUUUUUGUUAUUGUGUGUUUGCUACCGAACCGUUGGCUAUCAGAAAGGUUGCUACCAUAAGUUACUUGAAAUGUUACGAUCAAGAUAGCUAUUGAAAAUUGUAAGUAGAUUAUUUCGAUGACCGUUGGAAAUGAUUUUAUCGUUGAUUCUUCAUCCCAAGUUCUGUCUAAGGGAUCCACUACGGCUGUGACCAUAUUAUAGUGAUGGUUUCCCCUUUCAGACCUUUCAAUCUAUAGGGCAGAUGAUGUUAUGGUCAUCUGUUUCUUUGGCUAACGGUUAACGAGCAGAGUGUCGUGUGGCCAACACAAUGACCAACCGCUUUUACUUUCCCUUACUUAACUCCGGUACCCAUUAUAGUUGGGUGGACUCAGCGGCGCCCUGAAAAUCCCGAAAUUCAAAAUUCCAUUCUUCACCAAGAUUCGAGCCCGGGACCCCAGGUUCGGAAGCCAAGCGCUUGACCAUUCAGCCACAGCUGAGUGAUAGUUACCUGAUUUUAGUUAUCAUUAAUACACACACACACUCUCUCUCUCUCUCUAAAACCCGUUUUAAUUGCACUAUUAAUGUAUCGCUCUUUUCGUUUUUAAUAGAUAUGUAUGUAUCGGCUUCGGGUAAACCCAUUUUCGCAAACCUAAUUUUAUUUUCGUAGCGAAAGAGAAAAAACUUGAAAGGAUCAUUAGCUAAGUUUAACAUACAUCUAAAUCCAAUCCACUAGAUUAGUAAACACAAAUUUAGACCCGCAGGUCGCGGGUAAUGUCAGGCUUGAGCUUGUUAAGUAUACCCAACAUACGCCACCAUAUCGAAAUGAGAAAAGCUUUUUCUUUUACAAAGGAAGAUUUAAAUAUAAAACUGGUGUCGUCCAAUCUGACUUCUAACAGGUGUUAAGUACUAAAAUAAAUAUGACCUUUAUAUCAAAUUAAUAUAUGUUAAGAUAUUUAGUCACAAGGUUAGGCUCUAAGACUGUAAAAGCCAUUUAUUUAUAUCUUAAGAUUUAUUUAUUUAUUUAUUUGCUGUUAGACUUGAAUGACACUGUAUACAAAGACAUCUAACUAGAUGCUUGAGUUGGAAAUGUGACAGCUGUGGUCUUACCGCCCGAUCAAUAAAUUAUUGAACUGUCCACGCAUUGGGUUCACUACGGCGGUAAUCGAUACAGUAUUUACAUAUCGUAGUUUAGUGCCCGUUAUCACACACACAUGCAAACACGCACCCAGAUACGAGACAUGCACGCAAGCACUAUCUACCACGGUGCUAAAUAUACAUAUAUCAACCGACAGCUACAAGGUAGUGUAGAUAAUCGAUCGAUUCUAAUCGGAUAUAUCGUAUCGUGCUGACAUAGGUAUGUGUGUGCUGUAAAUAGAUUUAAAGCCUUUGUUGGGCAUUUGUUUAUGGAUGAUCUCUCUUGUUAUACAAACCAAUGACGUAAAAUUUAUUCUUUCAAAGUAGACGCGAUAAUGCUCACACAAAUAUACAUACAGAUAAAUAAGACUAUAUAAGUACAUGUAUAUAAUAUUAAUCUAUUUGAAAGGUGUUUUUAAUAUGAUUAGUGUUUUGAUUUACCAGACAAGAUGUUCCUUCAGAGUUGAAGAUAAUUUAACUUCUUAGCCCAAACCUUCCGCAGGGCGACGGGGGAUGAAAGCGGGCAGGGCUUGAACCGGGGAUCAUCGAUAAGUCCGAACGACAGUCCAGCACGCAAACGCACGACCAGGCAGCCAUGCAAUCUCGUAAUCUGGCCCCUGGGUAGCGAAAAACUGAAUAUUUGCUACCACUAGAAGUGUACACAAACUAACGGUAUAGACAUUAUCAAAUUGUCUCUGUUCAUGGUAAUGGAACAUUGGCUUGAUUUUAUGUAGACUAUGAACUACUUGUAGCAAGCAGGCUGUCAGAACAGGAGAUUCCUGUAGCUUCUUGAUGAUUACAAUAUACAGUUAAAGUCUACACAUUGAAAAAAUAAUUAUCAGGGUAUAAACGUAUUGAUUUCAAAGGAUCAGCAAGGCGAAUCACACUGACCUAUAUUUGAAACAACCAAAGUAUAAUCAUUCCCAAGUAUUUAGAUCAAUACAUCCAGCUUUCCUCAAAUCUGGACACUAAACAUUUUUAGAAGCAAGACAACAGGUGACAACGAUUCCUCUCCGAUAGCUGACCAUUGGAGCCAAUUUCAUACGUCUGAAAAUAUGAGCGCAAAAAAAAAUAAAAUUUCAUCCCAAAUAAUUCCUUUCGCAAAAUUCGGUAAACCUCAAAGGUCAGGAACUCAAAGUGAUGGCCUUGACCUCUCCAGAUACCCGCCUGCUUACUCUACCACUACGCCCAGAACAAGCUAUGCAGACAUUUGUCGAGGAUCUCCUUCAGCUUCUCACACAGAAAUGCCGCCAAAAGAGCGAGUUCCGAACUGGUCACUGGACGACAUAGAGUUUAUGCCCAGUGGUCACCGGGCUGAUAACAGCAGCAUGGCUGGUUUUAUUCCAGUAGGGAGUCGUUCCAGUCGAAGGCGCGGAGAAUGGGCGAGUGCUACAGAACGACUCUCUUGCUUCAGGACCCCGGGAGGCUCAGGACCUCGAGAUGUUCAGGACCUUGAGAGCCACAAGACCUCGAGCGCUGUCCUCCAGAACAGAGCCAAUGUUGAUCUGAAAAGAAAAAUAUCUGAAUAUAAGACAACUUACGGACAGGGAAAGUGUGAGCCCAAACACAAGAAGAUUGACCUGCACAAGAAAACAAUCCCAGAAGCCACCGCGAGCUUCCGUCGUUACUUCAAUCGCCAGCUUCAAUAUUAUAAAGAGAACGGAUACAGAGACCAAGACAGAUUUAUAUUCGUAAUAACCGGUCACUGCAAAAACAGACCAGACCGAGUGGCCAGAAUCAAACCUGAAAUACAAGACUUACUGCAUCGUCUACAUGUAAGUCACAUUUGGUUCAACAACGACGGUGAGGUCAUCCUAGACUUGCGCCACAAGGACCAAGCUGAGAUCAUCGCUUGCAACUGUCCUCUUGAAGACAUGGGGCAUUAAGAAUGGCGCCAUCUUGUCCUUAAAGGUUGUGAAAAA